GAGGAGCUCACCAGCACCAGCGUGGAGCACCUCAUCAUCAACCCCAACGCCGCCUUCGAGAAGUUCAAGGACAAGCGCCUGGGCACCGAGGGCGUGGAUUUCUCCGACCGCAUCAGCAAGAGCAGGACAACCGGCUACGAGGCCGGGGAGUAUGAAAUCCUGGGAGAGGGGGUGGGUGCCAAGGAGACCCCCCAGCAGCGGUACCAGCGGCUGCAGCACGAGGUGCAGGAGCUGAUCCGCGACGUGGAGCAGAUCCAGAGCGCCGUGAAGGAGUCGGCGGCCGAGGAGGAGCUGACGCCCAUGGCCUUGGCCCGGCAGCUGGAGGGCUUGAAGCAGCAGCUGGUCUCCUGCCACCUGCAGAAGCUGCUGGGCCCCACUGCCGCCAUCGACUUCGCGGACCCCGAGGGCGCCUUGGCCAAGCGCCUGCAGCAGCAGCUGGAGGUGGCCAAGUGCAAGAAGGCAGUGCCGGCAAAGAGCCCCCCCAGAGCCCCCGCGCCCGCGGCCGACACGCUCACCUUCGAGCUGUUCUGGAGGCCGGAGCAGGACCAGUUCUCCCAGGCUGCCAAGAUCGCAGAGCUGGAGAAGCGGCUGGCGCAGCUGGAGACCAUGGUGCGCUGUGAGCCUGACAGCCAGAACCCGCUGCUGGUUGGGCUGAAGGGCACCAGCCUGGUGGAGACCGUGCAGAUCCUGCAGGCCAAGGUGAACAUCCUGGACGCAGCUGUGCUUGACCAAGUGGAGGCCCGGCUGCAGAGUGUCCUGGGGAAGGUGAAUGAGAUCGCCAAGCACAAGGCGAUCGUGCAGGACGCCGACACGCAGAGCAAGAUCCACCAGGUCUAUGAGAUGAUGCAGCGCUGGGAUCAUAUGGCCAGCAGCCUGCCCGACGUGGUGCAGCGGCUGCUGACCCUCCAGGACCUGCAUGAGCAGGCCUCGCGGUUCGUGCAGGUGCUGGUGCACCUGGACACCACGCAGCAGGAGGUGGCUGCGGCUCUCAAGGACAACACCGUGCUGCUGGCAGAGGUCCAGAAGACAAUGAAGGAGAACCUGGCUGUAGUGGAGGACAACUUUGCCGAAGUAGAAGCCCGCAUUAAGCGGCUCCAGAAGUGAGAGCAGCUCUGCGCCCAUCCCUGAGCGCCCGCAUCCCCCCCCACCUGACGCCCCCU